CAGUCUCCUCCGGAGUCAGGCGCUGGGCACUGAGAAUGAGGCGACAGCUCGCAAAGAUGAAGUAGCGCAGGAGGUCCCUUGGAAAAUGAGGCCAGGGUACCUGCUGCAGCUCGCGCUGCUGCUCGCCCUGCCCAGGAGCCUGUGGGGCAGAGGGUGUGCGUCUCCACCCUGUGAGUGCCACCAGGAGGACGAUUUCAGAGUCACCUGCAAGGAACUCCACCGCAUCCCCAGCUUACCACCCAGCACCCAGACGCUGAAGCUCAUCGAGACUCACCUGAAGACCAUCCCCAGUCUUGCGUUUUCAAAUCUGCCCAAUAUUUCCAGGAUCUAUUUAUCUAUAGAUGCAACUCUGCAGCGGCUGGAACCACAUUCUUUCUACAAUUUGAGUAAAAUGACUCACAUAGAAAUCCGGAACACCAGAAGUUUAACUUAUAUAGACCCCAAUGCUCUAACGGAACUCCCCUUGCUCAAGUUCCUUGGCAUUUUCAACACUGGACUUAGAAUAUUCCCUGACCUGACCAAAAUUUAUUCCACUGAUGUAUUCUUUAUACUUGAAAUCACAGACAACCCUUACAUGACUUCAGUCCCCGAAAAUGCAUUUCAGGGACUAUGCAAUGAAACCUUGACCUUGAAACUAUACAACAAUGGAUUUACUUCAAUUCAAGGCCAUGCUUUCAAUGGAACAAAGCUGGACGCUGUUUACCUAAACAAGAAUAAAUUCCUGACAGCUAUAGACAGAGAUGCCUUCGGAGGAGUAUUCAGUGGACCAACCUUGCUAGACGUGUCUUCCACCAGCGUCACUGCCCUUCCCUCCAAAGGCCUGGAGCACCUGAAAGAACUGAUCGCAAAGGACACUUGGACUCUCAAGAAGCUCCCACUGUCCUUGAGUUUGCUCCACCUCACACGGGCUGACCUCUCUUAUCCAAGCCACUGCUGUGCCUUCAAGAACCAGAAGAAAGUCAGGGGAUUCCUAGAGUCCUUGAUGUGUAAUGAGAGCAGUAUCCGGAACCUUCGUCAAAGGAAAUCGGUCAAUGUCUUGAGAGGUCCCAUCUACCAGGAGUACGAGGAAGACCUGGGUGUCAACAGUGUUGGGGACAAACAGAACUCCCAGCUCGAGGAGAGCCCCAGCAACUCUCAUUAUUAUGUAUUCUUUGAAGAACAAGAGGAUGAGAUCAUUGGUUUUGGCCAAGUGCUCAAAAAUCCUCAGGAAGAGACUCUGCAAGCCUUCGACAGCCACUAUGACUACACUGUGUGUGGGGACAAUGAAGACAUGGUGUGUACCCCUAAAUCAGAUGAGUUUAACCCCUGUGAAGACAUCAUGGGCUACAAGUUCCUGAGAAUCGUGGUGUGGUUUGUCAGUCUGCUGGCUCUCCUGGGCAAUAUCUUUGUCCUAUUUAUUCUCCUUACCAGCCACUACAAACUGACUGUGCCACGUUUCCUCAUGUGCAACUUGGCCUUUGCAGAUUUCUGCAUGGGGGUGUACCUGCUUCUCAUUGCCUCAGUAGACCUGUACACACACUCUGAGUACUACAACCAUGCCAUUGACUGGCAGACAGGCCCUGGGUGCAACACAGCUGGCUUCUUCACUGUGUUUGCCAGUGAAUUAUCAGUGUACACACUAACAGUCAUCACCCUGGAGCGAUGGUACGCCAUCACCUUCGCCAUGCGCCUGGAUAGGAAGCUCCGCCUCAGGCACGCAUACACCGUCAUGGCUGGGGGCUGGGUUUCCUGCUUCCUCCUUGCCCUGCUCCCUAUGGUGGGAAUAAGCAGCUAUGCCAAGGUCAGUAUCUGUCUGCCAAUGGACACCGACACGCCUCUUGCUCUAGCGUACAUUGUCCUUGUUCUGCUGCUCAACGUCAUUGCCUUUGUUAUCGUCUGCUCUUGCUAUGUAAAGAUCUACAUCACAGUCCGGAGUCCCCAGUACAACCCUCGAGACAAAGACACCAAGAUUGCCAAGAGGAUGGCUGUGUUGAUCUUCACCGACUUCAUGUGCAUGGCCCCUAUCUCCUUCUAUGCCCUAUCGGCACUUAUGAACAAGCCUCUUAUCACCGUUACUAACUCCAAAAUCUUACUGGUCCUCUUUUACCCACUCAACUCCUGCGCCAAUCCAUUCCUCUAUGCAAUUUUUACCAAGGCCUUCCAGAGGGAUGUGUUCAUCCUGCUCAGCAAGUUCGGCCUCUGUAAACGCCAGGCCCAGGCAUAUCAAGGUCAGAGAGUCUAUCCGAAUAACAGCACUGGUAUUCAGACUCCAAAGAUUCCCCAGGACAGGAGGCAGAGUCUCCCCAACAUGCAAGAUGCCUAUGAACUCCUUGGAAACUCCCACCUGACUCCAAAAAUACAGGGACAAAGCUCGGAAGAGUAUAAGCAAACAGCCUUGUAAAGUGAUGCUACACCAUUCACAGUGGGAUUUUAAAAGACUGGUUUCUUGAACACGCAAUCUAAUCUACAACACACAGAUGCCUAGCUUCAUGCAGGUGAUGUUUCAUAGGAAUACAGUUCGUCUCUAGACAGUAUUAUCUCCAAGAAGGGAGAUAAGGUAUCAGCAUAUCUGAGUCCCAGGUGAUAUAAAAAUAGUCUACGCUCUCUGGGAAACGUGCCUGAUGCUCGUCUGUGAUACUGUGUUAACAUGCUCCACUGAUAACAGCUGGACCAUUCCCACAUCUAUUUUCUCUGGUUUAUGUAGUGCUGCUUUAUAAAAAAAGAAAAGUGUCAGCAGAUGGCCAGUGUUCAAUUACGUAAGCAGCUCUAUGUUGGAUCCCCUGAUAUAACCAAAGAAGGUUUUUGUUCCUUAAAACUAACAUGUCA